ACAAAAAGCGAAGAAUGCUAAAAGAAUUUACGCAACUGUAAUUCAUUGCAAAACGAAUUGCGACGGAUUCAAAGAAGAAGGCAUUACCUUCCCAUCGACAAAAUUGCAAAACUUCUUAUUACAACAGUUUUACGACGAAUGCAAUAUAUCGCCGUCUGUUGUUGCCUACGUCGAAGCUCAUGGUACCGGCACGAAAGUUGGCGACCCAAUAGAAAUUAAUUCAAUCGAAAAAGUUUUUUGCAAGGAUAGACAAGGCCCUUUACUAAUUAGUAGCAGCAAGUCAAACACUGGUCAUGCUGAGCCUGCCAGCGGCCUGCUUCAAAUUAUUAAGGUGCUGAUAACAAUGGAAACUGGCGUAAUUCCACCAAACAUAAAUAUCACAAAAGAACGAGAUGAUAUUGAAGCUUUUAAGCGAGGGACUAUACGAGUCGUGACUACUCCAACAAUAUGGGAACCUACUUUUGUGGCUAUAAAUUCUUUUGGUAUGGGAGGAGCCAAUGCUCAUAUUUUGUUAGCACCUAAUAUGAAGCAAAAAGUCAACGGUGGGGCACCAAAGGACGAUUUGCCAAGACUCGUCGUCCUGUCCGGUCGUACCGAACAAGCACUGGAGUCAUUCUUAUGUGAGAUUGGAAGUCAACUGGUAGAUGUUGAAUAUGUUCGGUUGUUGCACGAACUCCAUGCGGAAGAACUUCUAAAUCAUCCUUACAGAGGUUACACGAUUGUUGAAAACCAAAUAUCGAGCAGCAUAACGAGCGAAAUAGAUCAUUAUGAUGGAGUAAGAAAGCCGAUCUGUUUUGUGUUUUCUGGUAUCGGAUCCCAAUGGUUUGGCAUGGGAAAAGCAUUACUGCGUUUUCCAGCAUUUUGUGAAACCAUAGAAAAAUGUAAUAUACUUCUAAAGAUACAUGGAGUGCACAUCAUCGACAUUUUAACAAGUAAACAAAAAGUCACCCUUGACUGUAUAUCGAACACAGUCGUGAGCAUCACAGCAAUGCAGCUUGGAUUAAUAGAUCUCUUGAUGUCGGUAAACGUUGUGCCAGACUAUACCAUCGGUCAUUCAAUCGGUGAACUUUGUUGCGGAUAUGUAACUGGUGACUUCACGAUCGAACAAGUGAUUUUGUCCGCGUACUACAUAGGAUUGGCGUUGGAAGAAACAAAAAUAGCGAAGUACGCCAUGACGGAUAUUGGCGUUAGUUACAAAGAAGCGAAAGUCAUGUGUCCAGUAGAUAUCAAAGUAAUAUGCAGCUAUAGUCCAGACACAUGUUCCAUCGUCGGACUGAGGGAAUCAAUAGUGCAUUUACGAAGAAAUUAG